AUGCAGCCCUACACAACGAUGUCCACCAAUUCUGCGACGACCUCGUACUCGGAACAAGAAGUGAUAUGCAUCUGCGAAUCGCUGUUCAAUGAGGGAAUCCAAAACGGUCGAACUGAUCAACUGGCCAAUUUCCUGUUUUCGCUUCCACCAUGCUAUCAAAAUUCGGAGUCGGCUUUAAAGGCGCAGGCUCUAGUUCAUUACUCAACGCAAAACUGGAAAGCGUUGUACAGGCUGCUUGAAUGUCACAAAUUCUCGCCUCACAAUCAUCAAGUUCUCCAAAAUCUUUGGCUCGACGCCCAUUAUAAAGAGGCCGAGAAGACGAAGGAGCGCGAACUCGGAGCGGUGUGCAAGUAUCGAAUCCGCAAGAAGAAUCCGUUUCCGCCGACCAUCUGGGACGGAGAAGAAACCAAUUAUUGUUUUAAGUCGAAAUCGCGUAAUGUUCUACGCGACGCAUACAAAAAGUGCCAAUAUCCAUCGGUUGAAGAAAAACGAAGAUUAGCCGCUCAAACGGAACUCUCGAUUAUUCAAGUGUCCAACUGGUUCAAGAACAAAAGACAACGAGAAAGAGCAGCUGGCAAUUUGGAUAGAAGCUCUGCUCGCUCGAACGAUAGUGAUGAUGGUUCAUCUGGAUGUGAAUCGAAGCAAACUCUCAACAUCGAAAGUCCUCCAGCUCCACAAAUUCCGACCGCGUUCGAUUUGUCGCCAUACGCCGCCUACCCAGCUCCAACCUAUUUCGCCCCUGCCUGCGACUUUUCGUAUAUCCAGAAUUUGUGA